AUGGCUGCGCCGGGCAAGCCGUCCAAAUGGGGCUCGUUUCUCUCCCAGGCCGUCGCCGGCGUCGAGUCGCGCCUCGACAACAUACUGGCCGAGACCGACAACGACCCCAGGCUGCAGGGCGCCGCAAGCAGGAGCAGCAGCAGGCCGGCGCAUCCCGCCGCGCCCGCCAGACCGAGCCCUGCCAACUCGCCGCCGCCCUCUGGCCGUGCCAAUGGGCGCCUUCAGGCCAGGCUGGCCAGGGCCAUGGCGGCCAGCCGAGGCUCCAUGGAGCGCACGUCGACGGACAAAGAGGAGCCAAGCACGCUCUCGCCCGGCACUGUCGCAGCCGCAGCCGCUGCCGAACCAGACGCCGCCGAUGCCUCGACUCCACCCGAGCCGCAGGCACAACCCUUCAUGGCGAGCGCCGAGAAACCCACGCGAGACCCGUUCAACGAUACGGCCAUCGGCGACGCGGCGCUGGAACCACCAACAGCGCCGUGGCCUGACAAUCUCGAUGCUCCGGCGCAACAGCAACCGCCCAUCGAGUCCAUAGUCCAGCCGGCUGAUCUGUCCGACCUGGCAAAGGCAUUGGAGGAGGCCAAUCAGCGGCAGCAAGAGGAGAUUCAAGAAUACGUCGAAAGAAUAGAUUCACUGCAAUCAAAGAUCCAGUAUCUCUCCAAAAACGCCAUCGAUGCCGCCAAGCAGUCCGCCGCCUCCGCCCCCUCGGGCAGCCUGGAACGCAAACUGGCCGAAAAAGACGAGAAGAUUGCCCUGCUCAUGGACGAGGGUCAGAAACUGUCCGGCACGGAGCAAAAGUUCCGCGCCGUCAUCAAGAAGCUGCGCCUGCAAAUGGCCGAGCACGAGAAACAGGUCGAGGAGCUCAGGAAGAGCAAGGAAAAGGCCACGUCGGAGGCCAAGUCGUUGCGCAACCGCUUGAACGGCGUCGAGGGAGACGAGAAGCACCAGGAAGAGACGCGGCAAGCCAUCGCAGCUCUGCAGAGGGAAGUGGCCAACCUGAAAAGGGAAAAUACAAAGAAGGACGAGGCUUGUCGCCGCCUAGAGCAGGAGAUGAAGAUCAAGGCGGAACAGGCCGAGGCUGCCAGCGCGGACGCGUUGAGCAAGGCCUUGGCCGCUGAGCGAGAAAAGCAAAAGGAGCUGGAGGACACGAUUGCGGCGCUUCAAACGGACAAGGAGGUGUCCAUGGACAAGGCGCGCCAGGAAAGCAUAGAAUGGAGCGAGAAGCUCCAGCGGGCGGCAGAGAGGGGUCGCAUCGUCGAGCAGGAGCUGCAGCUUGAACUGCGGUCCAUGGAGAGCAAGCUCGAGGCCAUGCGGACGGUAGCCGAGGAGGCCUCGUCAGGUUCGGGAGGCGAGGCCCAGGUCAAGAUGUUCCGACAGAUCGAGACGCUGCAGUCGCAAUACGCCUCGGCACAGGAGAACUGGCAAGGCAUCGAGUCCUCCCUCCUCGCAAAGGCAGCCAGUCUCGAGCGGGAGAGGGACGAGGCCCAGCGUCGGGAAUCAGAGAUGCGCAAAAAGGCCCGCGAUGCGGCAAGCCGCGGCAGACACCUCGAGGAUGAGCUCCAGCACGCCCAGCCAGCCCUUGCUGCGACACGGCAGGAGCUGGAGGCUUGCCGCGAUCAGCUGACAGCCUCCAACGCCUCACGCAAGGCUGCCGAGGAGGCCUUGGAGCAGGCACGGGCGGACCUCGACAAGGAAAAGCAACGGACGGCCAGCAGGGACGACACGGUCGAGGCGGAGCGGCGGCACUGGGUGGACGACGUGGCGGGCGCAACGUUCAGGGGCCACCAGAGCAGACCGGACUCUCCGCUACUGGCCGUGUCUCGCACCUUCAGCUCCGAGCUCAUCGGCUUGCCAGUGCCCGGCAAGCUACGGCGGGUGCCUACGCCUGCUGCAAGUAUACCCGACAGUCCGGCCGACCUCAUGUCGUCAAUGCGACGCCUCUCCAGCCAGCCCCCGAUCCGGCUCAGCGCUGUCUCGUCGGUCGCCUCGGGCCCGCUGCCGGUCCCGUUCUCGCCCUUUGAGGCCCCCAGCGAGUCGCCGACGGCAGAGCGCGACAACGGCGUCGACGACACGGCGCCCUCCUCGCCGCGCAACUUGGCCCAGGAUAUGGUUUCCGCGUCGACGGUAGCGGCAGGGCCGUCGGUUCAACUGGUCGAGAGGAUGAGCGCGGCGAUACGGCGGCUCGAGGCCGAAAAGGUGGCGGCCAAGGAGGAAAUGGCGCGGGUGUGCAACCAGAGAGACGAGGCGCGCGCCGACAUGGUGGGCCUCAUGAAGGACCUAGCAGAGACCAAGACGGCAGCCAACAAGGUGCCACAGCUGCAAGAGGCCGUGUCGGACCUCGACUCGAGAUACCAAACGACGCUGGAGAUGCUGGGCGAGAAGAGCGAGCUCGUCGAGGAGCUCAAGGCCGACGUCGAGGAUGUCAAGACCAUGUACCGCGAGCUUGUAGAGCGGACAGUCAGGUAG